UGGUUUGUUCACCCUCAGGACACGAAGAAGAGUGCUCGCGACGUGUGUCAAAUUGGAAAGUCAAUGAAUUAAUUGGAGUCGCGAACAAUGUUUUCUGUAAAUAUCUUUCGUAGAUUUCGACCCUGUGUUGUCUCUGAGUCGUUCAGGUACAUUCACAUUACGGGCGCGCGACAGGGUGCGCCGCUGCCCGCGUCUUGUUUCAAAACAGUUGGUGGAAAACAGCUAUAUGCUGUCGGAAGGUCGUUCCUCAACAUCAACAACAAGGUGCAGUCCCACUGUCCAUCACCCUGUUUUCUCUCUGCACUCGCCCACUCCGAGGAUGGGAACCUCAUCUACACUGGCAGCCUGGGCAGUGCUGUUCGAGGGGUAAAGAUGUUCUCGUACAGCACCAGCGGGGCCAGCCUCUUCCUCAUGCCCCAAAUACUCCUGAAGACAGGAGUAGGAGUGCAGAGCUUCGCUUUGCAAACUGCUUUUUGUGGAGUGAUUGGCUUCUUCACCUUCCUCACCCCUGUCGUCCUCCAUCUCAUAACCAAGGGCUACGUGAUUCGCCUGUAUCAUCACCCAGACAGAGACACCUACACUGCCGUCACCUACAGUGUCUUCCUCACGGAAAAAAAGAGCGUGUUCCACCAGAGCCAGGUGAAGAUCCCAGCCGUCAGCAAGAUGUUCACCACCUUCUACGUUAACAACAUGGGGCUGCUGGUAAACCCCGACCUGUUCACUUUACCUCACGACUACAAUCACCUGAUGGGCUACGAUAAGCCCUUUAGCUUCGACACAGAUGACAUGGACAGUCCCAAUAAGAGCUGAGAGACUGACUGGACUGAAACCGGUCAAAUGUGGUGUUAGCAUAUUAAGUCCAAACUGCACAGUACAGACAGUCCCGGGGCGGAACAACCAUGGAAGACUUGGCAAAUGAAAUCAUUUCUCAACUACAUUCGAUUUUUUUGGUUAAUGUUUUAAAGGAUGUGUCAUGAAAAUGAAUUAAAUAAAUUAUAAUGUCAUUAUCA